CAGUUUCGCAAGUCGCGGCGAUCAUUCUGUUUUCAGUAGUGUCUCAACCACCUCGCUAACAACAUGUAUCUCUUUUUGUUAUUCGUCUAAAUAAAUGACAUUUAUUGAAAUGCAGAAAAUGUUAUCUUGAAAAAGAGUUUAUCUAUUGUGAAUAAUUAGUGCUAUAAUUUACUAUAAUAUUUAUUUAUUGUUCUGUGUAAUAAUUUUAAUUAAAAAAUAAUAUACUAAUUUAAUUUAAAUUCGAAAUACGUUUUAUUUUCAAAAAAGUACAAAAAUUGGAAAAAUAUGGCUUGUCCCUUAUCGGAUGGUAUUGCGGAAGAUCAUGAUCAAGAGAACGAUCAAUUGGCUGAAGGUAUGUUAUAUGGUGAAUACCUUCGCUUGGAUAAAAUUUUAACCGCACAAAGGUUAUUGAGUGCUGAAUAUAACAAAGAAGUGCAUGAUGAACAUCUUUUUAUCGUCACUCAUCAGGCAUACGAACUUUGGUUCAAACAAAUUAUCUACGAAUUAGAUUCAGUCAGAGCACUCUUUAACUCCGAACCAAGCAACCGUGGCACUUUGAAUGGUUCUAACUGUCAUACUUCCAUUCAGAAAAACAGAAUCUCCGAAGUUCUAGAUGAAUCAAGAACUCUAGAAAUUUUAAAAAGGUUGAAUCGCAUCGUUCUCAUUUUAAAAUUAUUAGUGGACCAAGUGACAAUUUUGGAAACUAUGACACCGUUGGAUUUUAUGGCAUUCAGAGAUUAUCUAUGUCCAGCCUCAGGUUUUCAAUCGCUACAAUUUCGUUUAUUAGAGAAUAAAUUAGGUGUAAAACAAGAGCAUAGAGUUAAGUAUAAUCAAAAUUAUACCAAAGUGUUCGGAAGAGAUCCAAAAGCUAUUGAGGCGAUUAAACGUUCAGAAGAAGAACCUAGUCUCAGUUCUCUUGUUCAAAAAUGGUUAGCAAGAACACCAGGUCUUGAAACUCACAAUUUCGAUUUUUGGGAAAAAUAUAAAAGAUCUGUAGAAAAUCUGCUCGACGAACAAGAACAACUUGCUCGAAAAUAUACAAAGGAGCAACUCAGAAAUUAUCAUUUAGCAAAUGUACAUUCUCGAAAAGCAGUAUUCGAAACGAUCUUCAAUGAAUCUCUUCAUAAUGCACUUGUAUCUCGAGGAGAAAGAAGAUUCGCGUAUGCCGCUCUUCAAGGAGCAGUAUUAAUCACAUUAUAUCGAGAUGAACCAAGAUUUAGUCAACCUCACCAAAUUUUGAACGCAUUAAUGGACAUUGAUUCUUUAAUUACUAAAUGGAGGUAUAAUCAUGUUUUAAUGGUUCAAAGAAUGAUUGGAUCUCAACAACUCGGAACCGGAGGAUCUUCAGGAUAUCAAUAUUUAAAAUCAACUUUAAGUGACAGGUACAAAGUAUUUUUGGACUUAUUCAAUCUAUCCACAUUUUUAAUACCUCGUCAUAUGAUUCCACCAUUAACGAAAGAAAUGAAAUCAAUGUUGUCCGUUUCCUACAAUGGUUGGAAUUCAGAUGAUAGUUAAAACAAUUUUAAAUGUAAAAUGGAUAUAAAAAGAAAUGAUGAUUAUAAUUUGAUAAUACCUUAAAUAUCAGAAUACGUAAGUAUUAAGAUAAUAAUAGGAAUAUCAAAGGCAUCAGAAUAGUGUCGACAAUAAAUCUUUAUUUUAUUUUA